GCCAAGUUCACUGAUUGCCUGCACUUCUCUGCCCAGAUAAAGAUGAGUCUUCCAGAGUCAGCACCAUAAUCAUGUACUGCAUCGGUGGCGGGAUCCUGCUGGCCAUGCUCGUGCUGAUGGCUGUUGUCAUCUGUCUUUACUACAAAGUGGCCAACGCACUGAAAGUUCCAAAGGUACCUGUUUGUUUGACCUUAAAAAAUAAUCCAGCCAUGGUCGCCCAGGACAAGGUUGCUGCGGCCAUCACCGCUGGGUCUUAUCCCAACCUGCAGUGCUGCGACGAGUGUAACUUGUAUGCUGGCUUUGAUCCCCUGCCACCGUGCUUCUGUGAUGUAAACGAGGGACUCUAACUUGGGUAGGCGCAAAUACCUUCAAUGAGCAGUACUUCUUUCUUAGUAGAGUGUGUUAUUAUUCAAGUCAAUUUUUAUACUGUUUACAUUAUAUCAUGUACUAUAUAACAUAUUUAUGUUCUUUUGAAUAAAGGCAAUAUAGACAAUAA